UCCGGCGUGAGCGGCGGAGCGCUCGGGUGGGGGCACCGCCGGCUCAGAACAGCGCACAAUGAGACAGCGCUGAGCGCCGGAAGUGGGGCCGAAGGAAAACACGGAGAGGGAGCCCGGCCGGGACAGGAAGAGGCGGGGGACCGCGGCGGAGGUGGUGCAGGAUAAGAAAAUUGAAGUCAAAGACCAUGGGAGAUGCAGCAAAACCGUAUUUUGUGAAACGUGCUAAGGACCGAGGGACUAUAGAUGAUGAGGAUUUCAGAAGGGGUCACCCCCAGCAAGAUUAUUUGAUAAUGGAUGAUUAUGCUAAAGGCCAUAGCAGUAAAAUGGAAAAAGGCCUUCCAAAAAAAAAAAUAACACCAGGGAACUAUGGGAGUACCCCCAGAAAAGGACCAUAUGCUGUUUCCAGCAAUCCCUAUGCAUUUAAAAAUCCAAUAUACAGUCAACCUGCUUGGAUAAAUGACAACCACAAAGAUCAGAGUAAGAGGUGGCUCUCUGAUGAACUUGCUGGUAAUUCAGACAGUCGGAGGGAAUAUAAACCUGGACCUAGAAUUCCUGUUAUAAACCGACCAAGAAAAGACUCCUUUCAAGAAAGUGAGGAUGGAUAUAGGUGGCAAGACACAAGAGGCUGCAGAACUGUCAGACGACUACUUCAUAAAGACUUGACAAGCCUAGAAACCAUGUCAGAAAUGGAAGCGGGAAGCCCUGAAAACAAGAAGCAGAGGUCCAGACCUCGGAAGCCACGUAGGACUAGAAAUGAGGAAAAUGAGCAGGACGGAGACUUGGAAGGCCCCGUGAUUGACGAGUCUGUGCUUUCAUCGAAGGAGCUCCUGGGCUUACAGCAGGCAGAGGAGCGAUUAAAAAGAGACUUCAUUGACCGGCUAAAAAGGCGACCAAGAAACUACCCUACAGCUAAGUACACCUGCAAACUUUGUGAUGUUUUAAUUGAAUCCAUUGCAUUUGCCCAUAAGCACAUCAAAGAGAAGAGGCACAAGAAAAACAUUAAGGAGAAACAAGAGGAAGAGUUGCUCACUACGUUACCCCCGCCUACACCCUCCCAGAUUAAUGCAAUUGGUAUUGCCAUUGACAAAGUGGUACAGGAGUUUGGCUUACACAAUGAGAACUUGGAACAGAGACUAGAAAUUAAACGUAUCAUGGGAAAUGUGUUCCAACACAAGUUACCAGAUUGUUCUCUGAGAUUAUAUGGGUCAUCCUGUAGCAGAUUGGGUUUCAAAAAUUCAGAUGUAAAUAUCGACAUUCAAUUUCCAGCCAUUAUGUCUCAGCCAGAUGUUCUCUUACUUGUUCAAGAAUGUUUAAAGAACAGUGACUCUUUUAUUGAUGUUGAUGCAGACUUCCACGCUCGGGUACCAGUGGUGGUGUGCAGAGAAAAGCAAAGUGGUCUUCUUUGUAAAGUGAGUGCAGGAAAUGAAAAUGCUUGUUUGACAACAAACCAUUUAACUGCCCUUGGAAAACUUGAAUCGAAGCUGAUUCCUUUGGUGAUUGCCUUUCGGCACUGGGCAAAGCUUUGCAGUAUAGACCGCCCUGAAGAAGGAGGCUUGCCACCUUAUGUGUUUGCCCUGAUGGCCAUUUUCUUUCUUCAACAGAGGAAAGAACCUCUUCUGCCUGUUUAUCUAGGAUCAUGGAUUGAAGGAUUCUCAUUAAACAAACUAGGGAACUUCAACCUUAAAGAUGUUCAAAACGACACUGUGUUCUGGGAAUACACUGAGAGUGCCACCGGCGAUGCAGACACAGCAAAAGAAGGGGCCCCAAAAGAAAUGCCUGUUAACAGGGGACAGGUAUCAUUAAUAUUUGAUUUCAAGCACCUGCCGUCAGUACCAGUUGGGCAGCUCUGGGUGGAAAUGCUUCGAUUCUAUGCUUUAGAAUUCAAUUUGGCUGACUUAGUGAUCAGUAUUCGUGUUAAAGAAUCUGUAUCUCGGGAAUCAAAGGAUUGGCCCAAAAAGCGCAUUGCCAUUGAAGAUCCCUACUCUGUUAAAAGAAAUGUGGCAAGGACUCUAAAUAAUCAACCAGUGUUUGAAUAUAUACUUCAUUGUUUAAGGACAACGUAUAAGUAUUUUGCCCUUCCACACAAAAUUACAAAAUCCAGCCUUCCAAAGCCUCUGACUACUGUCACAUGUCUUUCCGAACAUUCUAAAGAAGUAGCCGAGCAUGACCCGGGUACACAAACAAAAGAGGAUAAACUGAAAAACUCAGUUUUGGCUCAAGAGCCAGGUGCUGCCAUUUCAACUACAGACACCUGCACGGUACAGCCACUGACUCUUGUUAAAGAGACGGCUGAAAGCUUUGGAAGGCCCCCAUCAGAGGAACUGGGAAAUGGGCAUGUUAGUGUCCGCCUGGAAAACCCAGACCGUAUCAAGGCAGGGGCCAGUUGUGAUGAGCAAGGGGAUAUUAAAGGACACCAAGAAACAGGAAGUGAAACUCGGAGAGAGGGCAAGCAUCCUUUGACUGCCGAUGAUCAAGGUUUAAGGAGUAGCAGACGUGGAGAGUUUGUCAUCUGUGGCAGCACACAAAAUAAUGAGACAGAGAGCACUUUGCAUUUAGAAGGCUUCCAGAAUCCCGCAGCCAAAGAGUGUGAUGGAUUCAUUACUUCGGAAGACAAGGCUGAUGUUGAUGAAGAAGGCAUAGAAGGUACCGAUGAUCUCGAAGAUGCUCUAAGCCACUUCACCCCCUCAAGACAGGGCCAUACGUCAGGAAUCAUUCAUUCCGAUGAAGAGGAGGAGGAAGAAGAGGAAGAGGAUGACGAUGAAGAGCCCAGGCUGUCCAUUACCCAAAGGGAAGAUGAGGAUGACUUGGCUAAUGAAGAUGAGUUAGAAAAUACAUACACGGGAUCAGGGGACGAGGAUGCCCUGUCUGAGGAGGAGGAUGAAUUAGGGGAGUCUGCUAAGUGCAAAGACUCGAAAGAAGGUGGAAAACCUGCAGCUGGGGCUCUACUAACAGAAUUUAAUAAAAUCUGUCUUAAAGAAGAAAAUACAUGUGAGGAAGGCUCAACUGUGGAUCAGUCUGAUUUCUUCUAUGAAUUUAGUAAACUCACCUUCACCAAAGGCAAGUCUCCUAUGGUCGUGUGCAGCUUAUGCAAACGAGAAGGUCAUCUCAAGAAGGACUGUCCCGAAGACUUCAAAAGAAUUCAGCUAGAACCUUUGCCACCACUGACACCCAAAUUUUCAAAUAUCUUAGAUCAAGUUUGCAUCCAAUGUUAUAAGGAUUUUUCUCCAACUAUUUUAGAAGAUCAAGCUCGUGAGCAUAUUCGGCAAAACCUAGAAAGUUUCAUAAGACAGGAGUUUCCAGGAACUAAAUUGAGCUUGUUUGGCUCCUCCAAAAAUGGAUUUGGGUUCAAACAGAGUGACCUUGACGUCUGUAUGACAAUUAAUGGACUUGAAACUGCAGAGGGGUUGGACUGUGUAAGAACUAUUGAAGAACUGGCAAGAGUCCUCAAAAAACAUUCAGGUCUGAGAAACAUUUUGCCUAUCACAACAGCAAAGGUGCCAAUUGUAAAGUUCUUCCAUUUGAGAAGUGGUCUGGAAGUGGACAUCAGUUUGUAUAACACACUGGCCCUGCAUAACACAAGGCUCUUAUCUGCUUAUUCAGCCAUUGAUCCCAGAGUUAAAUAUUUAUGCUACACCAUGAAAGUCUUUACAAAGAUGUGUGAUAUUGGUGACGCGUCUAGAGGCAGCUUAUCGUCAUAUGCAUACACGCUUAUGGUGCUAUAUUUUCUCCAGCAGAGGAAUCCACCAGUCAUUCCUGUCCUUCAAGAGAUAUACAAAGGUGAAAAGAAACCUGAAAUAUUUGUUGAUGGCUGGAAUAUUUAUUUUUUUGAUCAAAUAGAUGAACUGCCCACCUAUUGGCCAGAAUAUGGGAAAAAUACAGAAUCUGUUGGGCAACUAUGGUUGGGACUUCUUCGAUUCUACACAGAGGAAUUUGAUUUUAAAGAACAUGUUAUUAGCAUCAGGAGAAAAAGUCUGCUUACAACUUUUAAGAAACAGUGGACCUCAAAAUACAUUGUUAUUGAAGAUCCCUUUGAUUUGAAUCAUAAUCUUGGAGCUGGAUUAUCAAGGAAAAUGACAAAUUUUAUAAUGAAAGCAUUCAUUAAUGGUAGAAGAGUAUUUGGUAUUCCAGUCAAAGGAUUUCCGAAGGACUGCCCCUCAAAAAUGGAGUACUUUUUUGAUCCAGAAGUGCUAACUGAAGGAGAGCUGGCCCCAAACGAUAGAUGUUGCCGAAUUUGUGGGAAAAUUGGACACUUCAUGAAGGACUGUCCAAUGAGGAGAAAAGUGAGACGACGGCGUGAUCAGGAAGAUACCCUGAACCAAAGAUACCCUGAGAACAAAGAGAAGAGAAGCAAAGAGGACAAAGAAAUUCAGAACAAGUACACAGAGAGGGAGGUGUCGACAAAAGAAGAUAAGCCCAUGCAGUGCACACCUCAGAAAGCCAAGCCAGUGAGGGCAGCUGUCGACCUGGGCAGAGAGAAAAUACUCAGGCCUCCAGUGGAAAAAUGGAAGAGACAGGAUGACAAAGACUUAAGAGAAAAACGUUGUUUUAUUUGUGGAAGAGAAGGGCACAUUAAAAAGGAAUGCCCACAAUUUAAAGGCUCUCCAGGUGUGUCUAAAUCAGAUUGUGUAUUCGGAUCCCCUUCUUCACCUAGCCCCUUGAGACCAACUGGCACAUUUGCUCAGGCAGUGCUUUUACAUGAAGACAAAAAGAAACAAAAAACAACUAUAUUUUUGAGUCCCCAGUCAGCUUGGAGAGAUGUUGUGUUCGUUAGAAUGUGAAGAGGCGAAGCCCUCUCUGCCAUCAGUUACCGGGAGAUAGCACUCCCCGCCCUGGGCAGCCUUGUAGGCCCCGCGGGAGAGAGAGGCUUCCCUGCUUUCACCAGCACAGUCUGAGAGAAGCCAGGGCACAGUGGUCUCACCCUGGGAAAGCUCUGAGAGCUCCCAGCAAGGGAUGUUUGGUUGUCUCUACUCUGAAUGUCGUUCACAAGAGAAAAAUAAAUGGACUUGUUAAAUUAUGUAGCUACUUCUGUUUCUGCCCGUCUGGGGAUGAAGUGUCUCAAGUAUAUACCGUAAUCUAAACAGGAAUAGGCACUGAUUUUUAAGCUAUGUGAAUUCCAGGGAUUUUUUUUUUUUUUAAAUGAUUGGAGAAAACAUUUAAAGUGGCAUCAGAUCGCGUAACAAUUCCAAUUUGUGAAGAAUGGGCACUGGGUUGGUAUAGAGUGAGGUCAGAUGGUUCAAGGAGAAAGAGCCAGAAAUCUUCAGAAAAGUACCGCCCUUACCUAAAAAGGGAACAGUGGAUAUAAAGGUAAAGACAAAGGAGGCUCUGUGAGAAAAUGCAGGAGCAGCUGUUUCCUGGGAAGAUUUUGCCAUUGUUUUCAGUAGAACGCAUGGACGGAUGUAAAAACAAGAAACAUUCUAGUGGGAAAACACCCCAAAUCAAAUAGAAGUGAAGUGGGCCUGGGGCCCUGUUGUGAGACUAGAGGAGGAGGCUGACACCCUCUGCCUCUGAAAGCCAAGUGCGGGAAAUGGACUCUCCAUGGCAGUGUGUGCGGUUGCUUCCCAUAGAUCCUCUGAGAGUUUCAGGGUCACAGAGUUACCAUAUGUAAACAAGCCGAAAGAGUACUGUUUUUACAAGCCUCAGCCUUGAACAGAUAUUUCCAGAGCAUUACACAGGGAAAAUAGGGAUCCUUGCUUGGUCGAGAUGUUGCUUUUGCCGAGGGUAGGGUGUGGAAGAACAUGGCCUCUGCCAUCAGAUUGCAGGAUAUGAUUUCUAGCUUUGUGAUCUUGAAAAACCUGCUUACACUCCACUUGACUCAGUUUCCUCAUCUGUUACAAAGGGAUGAUAAUAGCUGGCUUACAGGGAUGUUGAGAAAUCCAUGUAAAAGCACUUAGAACAGCACCUGCGUGUAGCCACGGAACAGAGGUUUGUAGGAGUGGUGACACACUGAUGCUCCCGCACAGUGUCAAUCGGCGUGGCUCCUGAUAAAGGCUUACACGUCUUGAAAGUAGAAAUUUAUUAUAAUUUUCUGAAUUAUAUCAGUGGGAGAAGAAUACAGAUGUUGGAUAUCUGGACAUAAUACCUGGGCAUGGCAUGACCAGUUGGCUGUAAAGAUUUCUGUAAUUGUCUUCCACGUCAGAGACUUACAUAUUUAUAAAUAUUUUCAGCAACUGUAAAGCUUAAAGGUUGAAUUGACUACAGAAGAAAAAUUAUUACAAUAAACAUACCUACUUUAUACCAGAAAAAAAAAAAAAAAAGAAAACAUUUAUGGGUGGUUAGAAUCUAUCUUAGUUAAACUCCUCAGUCAACAACUGUUAAGACUUGUCAGAUUUAUCCACAAUAAACUCACCCAUUGUCUAUAUUAUAAAUCUGAAAUACAUCUCAACUGUCAGUAGUGUUAAAUUUCCCCAGAGCUCUUUUUUCCCUAGAGUACUAAAUAUGUGACACACAGGUGGUUUCCUGUUGAUAGGAUGGCCCCUGUUCUCUCCAGUAGCCAUAUUGACCUCAGGCAAGAGACCUGCUUUCUCUGAGCUCCAGAUGUCUCAUCUAGAGAAGGGCUGUAGCCCCAUUUAUCUUACCAGAUCCUGAGGUUAAAGCACCGAGCCCCUAAAAAGCCAAGUUCUCUUUCCUGAUACUUCUUGCUCCAUUCCUUUCUCCUGGGCUGCAUAUAGUCCUUAACUGCCAAAUGGGAGAGUAAUGAAUAGAAGAUUCCAUGAAUUUCCUUGUUUUCCAUUGUGACUCCCCUCCCCCUUAUACACACUGCUGACGCAGUGCCUUAGAUGUUCAGUGAGUUUUACUGAUAGAGAUGUAUUCAUUUUGAAAGAAUAAAGAGACUAAGCAGGAGAAGGGCCAAGAAUAAGAGCUUUCAAAUCAGACAUAGGUGAGUUUGAAAUACAGCCCAACUAUCUGCUGGCUUUUCAGCCUCUGUCAAGUUACCGGACAUCUUUGUACCUUAGUUUUCUUAUCAAUAAAUUGGGGCUGACACCUCACAGGACAGUUGUAAGGAUUAAUUUUCUAUACAUAAAGCUCUUUUCACAGCGUCUGGCAAAUAUUAUCCCUCAGCAAGUUAUCACUGCCUUGUUACGGGUAUAAACAGUUUCCUGCCUCGCUGUUACUUCCCUCUUCUAAUAGGACACAAACAUCAUGGACAUUAGAACCAUAGUCAGCUGGUUUUCCUGCAUAAGUGAAUUACUCUGGUUUACAUAAUAACCGUUUAUUCAGAAUGAGAAUCUCAAAAAAACUAAGAUUUCUCUAUUCCUUACAACUCCCCCUUUUUGCAAAGAAGGUUAUAUUUCCAAAAGAACUAUGUCUGACUCUUCAUUUAUUCCAUUUUAAUCUCACAGUUUGAAAUCCUAAAAACUGAAGAUGUUGGAAGAGAUUGAUGGUAUCUUUACUCCCUCAUGAUGAUGUGUAUAUACUAUUACAGUUUUUUACCUCGACCAGAAUUUAAAAGCCUAAUUUUUUAAAAAAGUGAUCUUUAUGAUAGUAAAUUUAAAAUAACAGAAACAGGGACGCCCGGUUGGCUCAGUUGGUCGAACAUGCAGCUCUUGAUCUCAGGUUUGUGAGUUCAAGCCUCGUGUUGAGUGUAGAGAUUAUUUAAAAUCUUGAGUAAAAUAAAAUAACAGAAGUACCUUUGUAAACAAUAUAGGGACACCUUGUUAUCAGUGAGUAGAGAUCAUUCUUGUUGAUACCCUUCUCGAUAUUCCAGUAUAUGAACAUGCCCAUUAUUUAUUUAAUUAUUCCUUAUUAAUGGACUAGCUGCUUUCAAAUAUUUAGUACAUCAGUGUCCUCCAAAACUUUUUUUGCUCUCAUAUUCUUCCCUCAAAAUGUAGAAAGCCCAUGUUUCUUAUAUAGUUUUGAGUUGAUAUCUGAAAUUUUCAUCAAAAUUGCAAAGCAUAUAAUUCCUGAGGUUUUUUAAAAAAUAAAUAUUGAAAUUUUAAAAUAAAACUUAUCAAUUAGCCUUAAAUGUAUCAAAUGAAAUUAAUAUAUCACUGCUUUUUCAUACACGCUACCAUUCAUUUACAGCUCCUUAACAGGCAGAAAUUUUACUUUCCUUCUUGAAUUCCUUUGUUUUACUUCCAUCUUAAGGUAGUAUAUUUUUUAGCAUAUAUAUUUCAAGCAUUUUAGGGGCACCUGGGUGGCUCAGUGGGUAGAGUGUGCAACUCUUGAUAUCAAGGUUGUAAGUUCAAGACCCACUUUGGGUGUAGAGAUUACUUAAAAACAAAAUCUUAAAGAAAAAGAAGAUUCAAAUUCAAGCAUAUUAUUGAUCAGCCUAUCCUUCUUAUCUGUAAUAAUAUUUAUAGAAAUUUGAUUUUUUAAGCUUUUUUGUCAAAAUGUAAAUAUUUCUUCUAAAUUGAGUUUUUGCAUUAGAAUAUAUAAUUGAUCAAAACGUUACAAAAUUAGUGAAAAAGAUUUUUCUAUUUAUGUUUACAUACUGAAAGUGACUGCCAUUUAAUGAGAUAGAUGGGAUUUUUCUCCAUACAAUCAAGUAUUUUUGGAUCAAUACUACAGGAAUGAAACAGUGUUCCUCAUCAUUUCUUUCCCAAAUCUUUUUUGUUUUUAUAGUUGGUAAAUAUCAAGAAACCCCAGUAGUCUUUAUGAUAGGCUCUUAAAAGUAAUAGAUAUGCUUUCUUUGGGAAUGGAAGAUGUAUUACAACAGUGUCAUUCAGUUAUUGCUAUUCCUUUUUAAACGAAGUGACCAAAAAUCACAUAGUAAUGUAUCAUUAAGAAUUAUUUGCGAUGAACAUCACCUAUCAGUGUAAUUUCACAAAAGCUGAAAAUUUGGAAUUUUUGUUAGAGGCAUUCACACUUACCACAGAUAACCAGCGUUUCUUUUCCUUCCUGCCUCCUUGGGUUUUUUCCCAAGGCCAUGUACUACAUUAAGAUUUGGAUGAGGAGGAGACAUGCCUUUCUUCUAUAAAGUAGGAGGACUGUGAAAGGAAGACUGGUGUGCCUUCUGAGAUCCAGCCCAAAACCUUGGCCACAGAGGCAUUCUCAGAAAGAAUCCAGUAGACAUGAGGCACCCCAGUCAAGUCCCGUAAAGCCCCCUGCCCACUCAUCCUGUUCAGUUGGCUCAGGGAUUACAUGUACCCAAGUUUGAAGACCACUGUUUACAUCAAACACCAUCAGGCAAUAUUUGCCUAGUUAUUGCCUCGGGAUAAAUUCCUAGUGAGUAGAAUGAUAGAUUUAAAAAGGGCACACCUUCUCACAAUGAUGCCCUCAAUGCCAAAAGGGGAUUGUUGGCCAGCCCAGAGAGUCUCUGACUGCCUUUUUCCCAGACCCUCACUUUAUGGGAGUAGUCUUUUGCCCAUCGGCUUGUAUUCUCUGUUGAAGUCUCCUGCUUUUCACAUGUUUUCACUGUAUUUCUUCAUGCUUCUAUCUUUGUAUUUUUUAAGUAGAGUAAUCAUCUCUGUUUUUAGCUUUAGUUUCCACAUAGAAAUCCAUUUGUCCUUUAGCAAACAUGUUCUGUCCUUCCCGGCCACCACUCCAAUUUAUUAAUCUUUCAGUCUCGUUUAUGAUUUGUUUUGCCAUAUAGUUUGUCGCUUGCUUGUUGUAGUCGUUUCAUCUAGCCAAUUUUUAGGUGAUUUCAAGUCAUGCUUCCAGAGUUUUAUAAAUUUGAUGUUCUUCCCUCAGAGUACCUAAAAGUUCAUGUUUUAUUUCUAGUGGGUUUACUUUUUUACAUGCACAUUUUUAUAUGAAAUUUCUUCAGGUAUGAUUUAUUUUUUUAUACAGGCUAUGUAGUAAUCAGACUAUAAGCACUAUUCUUCGAAAAGAGUGGUUUCUAACAUGUUGGGAAAAAUACAAAUAUACAAAUAUAACUCAUCUACUAGAGAACUGACCUUAUUUUUUUUCCUUAUUUUCUUCUCAAUCUUUUUUUCAAUAAAAGAUCAUUAAGAUGGUCGAAGUCAGGCUUUGACCACCAUCUCAGACCCAUUCCAUUCUUCGUGGCUUCUCCACCCCAGAGGCAUCUAUUAUUAGGAGUCCAGAUGUUCUUCCAGUUCUUUUUUUUAAACUUACAUAUGUACCCUUUAACAUACAUAUCAUUGGUGAAUUUUGUAAUUUAAAUGAUGCAUCAUACUGUAUAAUAAGAAUGUUUUACACCCUGCUUUUUCGUAUCUAUUUAAUGAAGUGAUUUUGAAAUUUAUAUAGAUCACUAUAUAUAGACUUAGUUGUAUUUCUUUCCAGUGUUCUAUGAAUACAGAACAUACUAUCCAUUACGUAGCACAUGAGCAUUUAGACCGCAUUCGGGUUUUUGCUCUUAUAAACAGUGCUGUACUGAACAUUCUCAUCUGAAGCUCCUUGAGCAUGUAUGAGAGGUUUUAUUAUUUGUGUAUCUUGAAGUCAAACUCUGUUGAGUCAUAGUGUAUGUGCAUUUUCAACUUAGGUUAUCAAGUGAUUGGUUGAAAUAAUUGCCACUCCCAACAGCAGUGUUUAUUUUUGCAAAUUUGAUGGGUGAAAAAUACUGUGGUGUUAUUCUAAGGUAUAUUUUCUUGACUCUGGUGAUACUGUUAUAUGUUUAUUAGCCAAUUGGAGUUAUUCGUCCGUGAAUUCCCUGUUCAUAUCAUUUACCCAUUUUGUUGCUUAUUACCAGUUGGAGUUCUAUAAAAUCCCUGUACCUGUUGUUUGCCUAUUUUCCUGUUGCAUUAUCAUUUCCUUAUUAAUUUGUAAGUAUUCUUCAUUUAUUCUGAAUACUACUCCUUUAGUAUAUACAUUCCAGAUAUCUUCCUCCACCAUAUCUUGUCUUUGAACUUGUGUCUUUUGCCACUCCAAAGUUCUAAAUUUUGAGGUAAUUGGUGAUGGAUUUUCCAUGGUUAGUUUUCAUGGUCAUGUCACUCAGUGAUUUUAGGGUCAUCGUUAAGAAAUUCUUCCCUGAGUUCAUAAAGAUAUCCAUCUAUAGUUUCUUCUAACAGCUUUAAAACUUUUAUUUUUUUCUGGUUAGAUCUUGAACCUCUAUGAAUUGUGUGUGAAAUACGAGGUGUAGUGAUCUAAACUUUUUGUCCCUGGAAUGAUAAAUCUAUCCUCAUUACUUCAGGCAGUUCAGAAUAUCAAAGAUUUGUUGCCUAUAGACCAUUCGAGGCUCUAGAGUAUAAAUACCAGGGGAGAGUGCUGUGCUCCUUCCUGGUAUCACUCAUUUUUCACUGUGCAUUGACUAUCUGGAUGCUCUGUUUUGAAAAGUUUGCUUCUGGGGGCCCUAAGUUUCUAUUUGCAUAUUUAAUAUGUUUGCUUUAGUAAAUUUAGAUAGUUAAGCAAAAAUGAAUAAAAUAAAAGCCAUUUAUACUUCAUUCCAGAGCAUAACUACUACUUAGGCUUGGGAAAUAAAGUCUUCCCAUCUUUUCACAUCGAUGUACUAAUAAUGGCUAACAUUUAUUGAGUACUUUUCUGUGUACUAGCUACUGUUCAGUUGCUUUACAAACUGUAUCAGUUUAUUUAAUCUUUAGAAUAAUUCCAAGGGGGUAGGUGUAAUAGCCCACAUUUUUUCAGAUAAGGACAAUGAGGCACCAAACAUUGGAUUGAUAGGAUUUUUCAUUUGUUUUUAAUUUUUAGUGUUUUUUUU